CAACACUGGGAGCAGCCAUGUUUGUUUGUGUUGGAUUGUGGGAUAGCUGCACCGGCCGGUGUAAACUUCCUGUUCUGAAAAAUGGAGGGUGAACGAAAUUAAAAAGAAUGCAAAGGUAAACAUGCAUCUGUACAACCUGACGCUGCAGAGGGCCACUGGGAUAACCUGUGCUGUGCAUGGGAAUUUCUCUGGGGCCAAGUUGCAAGAAGUGAUUGUGUCGAGAGGAAAGAUUUUGGAACUUUUGCGCCAUGAUCCUAACACUGGAAAAAUAUACCCAGUUCUCACACAGGAGACAUUUGGUGUCAUUCGCUCCUUGAUUCCUUUCAGGCUCACUGGUGGAACAAAAGAUUACCUGGUUGUGGGUUCAGAUUCUGGACGAAUUGUGAUAUUGGAAUACAUAGCACAGAAGAAUGCUUUUGAAAAGGUUCACCAAGAAACAUUUGGCAAGAGCGGAUGUCGACGUAUUGUUCCUGGACAAUUCCUUGCUGUCGAUCCAAAGGGAAGAGCUGUCAUGAUUGGAGCUGUAGAGAAGCAGAAGCUAGUGUACAUAUUGAACAGAGACGCCCAAGCCAGGCUGACCAUAUCGUCACCACUGGAGGCGCACAAGGCCAACACAUUGGUGUUCCACAUGACCGGUGUCGAUGUGGGCUUUGAGAAUCCCACAUUCGCUUGCUUGGAAAUAGACUAUGAGGAGUGUGAUGCUGACCCCACCGGUGAGGCAGCAGACAAGGCCCAGAUGCUGCUGACCUACUAUGAGCUGGAUCUAGGGCUGAACCAUGUGGUCAGAAAGUACUCUGAACCUCUGGAGGAACACGGAAACUUCCUGAUCUCAGUGCCUGGAGGUGCAGACGGUCCCAGCGGUGUGCUUAUCUGCUCAGAGAACUACAUCACCUACAAGAACAUCGGGGACCAGCCAGACAUCCGCUGUCCCAUACCGCGAAGAAGGAAUGAUCUGGAUGACCCAGAAAGGGGGAUGCUGUUUGUCUGCAGUGCAACACACAAAACAAAGUCCAUGUUCUUCUUCUUGGCCCAAACUGAGCAAGGGGACAUUUUCAAGAUCACCUUGGAAACGGAUGAGGAUAUGGUGACAGAAAUCCACCUCAAGUAUUUUGAUACCAUCCCCGUGGCAACCAGUUUAUGUGUGCUCAAGUCUGGGUUCUUGUUUGCAGCCUCAGAAUUUGGCAAUCACAACCUGUAUCAGAUCGCGAGAUUGGGUGACGACGAUGAUGAGCCUAGGUUCAGCAGUGCCAGCCCGCUAGAGGAAGGCACCACGUUCUUUUUUGGGCCCCGACCUCUCAAGAACCUCGUCAUGGUGGAUGAGAUGGACAGUCUCUCUCCUAUCAUGUCCUGUCAGAUAGCUGAUCUGGCUAAUGAGGACACGCCUCAGCUGUACAGUCUGUGUGGACGUGGGCCCAGGUCAUCCCUCCGUGUGCUCAGGCACGGCUUGGAGGUGUCUGAGAUGGCGGUCUCUGAGCUGCCCGGUAACCCCAAUGCCGUAUGGACAGUCAAGAAACAUGCUGAUGACGAGUAUGAUGCCUACAUCAUAGUGUCCUUCGUGAACGCCACCCUCGUGUUGUCUAUCGGGGAGACAGUAGAGGAGGUCACAGACUCUGGUUUCCUGGGAACUACCCCCACCCUGUCCUGUUCACAACUUGGAGAUGACGCUCUUGUACAGAUCUACCCCGACGGUAUUCGUCACAUCCGUUCUGACAAGAGAGUCAAUGAGUGGAAGACCCCGGGCAAGAAGAACAUUGUCAAGUGUGCUGUGAAUCAGCGCCAGGUUGUCAUAGCGCUGACGGGAGGCGAGCUCGUCUACUUUGAGAUGGACCCGACGGGCCAGUUGAAUGAGUACACAGAGAGGAAGGACAUGUCAUCAGAUGUGGUCUGUAUGGCGCUGGGGCGUGUACCCGUGGGAGAACAGAGGUGCCGGUUCCUGGCAGUCGGGCUGGCUGAUAACACAGUCAGAAUUGUCUCCCUGGACCCUAAUGACUGCCUGUCUCCACUGAGCAUGCAGGCCCUGCCAGCGUCCCCAGAGUCCCUGUGUAUCGUGGAGAUGGGGGGCACAGAGGCCAAGGAGGAGACUGGAGAGACUGGAACCGUUGGGGGGUUGUUCCUCAAUACAGGCCUACAGAACGGUGUGUUGUUGAGGACUGUGUUGGACACAGUUACAGGGGACCUGUCAGACACGAGAACAAGAUACCUGGGUACCAGGCCCGUGAAACUGUUCAGAAUUGCCAUGCAGGGAUCCGAAGCAGUACUAGCCAUGUCCAGCAGAUCGUGGCUGAGUUACGCCUACCAGAGCAGGUUCCACCUGACCCCCCUGUCCUACGAGACACUGGAGUACGCCUCGGGGUUUGCCUCCGAACAGUGUCCAGAGGGCAUAGUAGCCAUUUCUACCAACACUCUUAGAAUUUUAGCGCUGGAGAAGCUGGGGGCGGUGUUUAACCAGGUGUCUCAUCUCCUGCUGUACACGCCUCGCAAGUUUGUGAUCCACCAGGAGUCCGGGCACCUGGUCACCAUUGAGUCUGACCACAACGCCUACACAGAGGCCACCAAGGCCCAGAGGAAACAGACACUGGCUGAUGCGAUGAUAGAGGACGCCCAGGAGGAGGAGAGAGAGCUGGCUGCGGAGAUGGCAGCAGCGUUUCUCAACGAGGACCUGCCCGAGUCCGUGUUCGGGGCUCCCAAGGCGUCGGCAGGCAUGUGGGCCUCCGUGAUCCGGGUCAUCAACCCCAUCACGGGCCUUACUCUUGACACUGUACAGCUGGAGCAGAACGAGGCCGCACACAGUAUAGCCAUAGUGAAGUUCUCCAACUCCCCUGAAGACACUCACGUGGUUGUGGGUGUUGGUAAAGACCUGACCCUCAACCCGCGCACCCUUAGUAACGGCUACCUGUACACAUACAGGCUGGUGGAGGGCGAAACUCUUGAGUUUGUACACAAGACUGUUGUGGAUGAGUUGCCAGGGGCGAUUGUGCCUUUCCAGGGGAGAGCACUCAUAGGUGUGGGGAAGUUCCUGAGGAUCUAUGACCUUGGAAAGAAGAAGUUGCUGAGGAAAUGUGAGAAUAAGCAUAUUCCUAACUUUGUUGUUGGCAUUCAUGCCAUGGGGAACCGAGUCAUAGUGGCUGACAUCCAGGACAGUUUCCACUUUGUACGUUACAAGCGAGCAGAAAACCAGCUGAUUGUGUUUGCGGACGACACCAACCCACGCUGGAUCACCGCUUCUUGUCUUCUUGACUAUGACACCGUCGCAGGGGCAGACAAGUUUGGCAACAUUACCAUUAUCCGUUUACCGCCGGAUGUUACGGACGAUGUGGAUGAGGACCCUACAGGGAACAAGGCAUUGUGGGACAGAGGGGUGCUCAAUGGGGCCUCACAGAAGGCUGACAUUCAUAUGAAUUUCCAUAUUGGUGAAGUGGUGACCUCUCUACAGAAGGCGACCCUUAUUCCUGGUGGCUCAGAAUCUCUUGUCUACACCACCCUGUCUGGUGGAGUGGGAAUGCUCGUGCCUUUUACUUCACACGAGGACCAGGACUUCUUCCAGCACUUGGAGAUGUACAUGAGACAGGAGCACCCACCUCUUGGGGGCAGGGAACAUCUCUCCUACAGAUCCUACUACUUCCCCGUCAAGAACGUGGUGGAUGGUGACCUCUGUGAGAUGUUCAACUCGAUGGACGUGGCCAAACAGAAGAGUGUGGCCGAGGAGCUGGACCGCACGCCUGCAGAGGUCUCGAAAAAACUGGAGGACAUACGCACUAGAUACGCUUUCUAGUAGUGGAGGACGGAUUGACAUAAAACGGGCGUAGAACAAGAAUGCAAAAUAUCUUCUAGUAGGUGUUUACAUGCAUCAUAUGCAUUGAACAUUCUUGUGGGAUGUUGGGACCAUGGAAAGGCUCUGUAGCCUUCAUGUUGACUCUGCCUCUUAUGGGACAUUGAAUGCAUCAGACAAGCAUUAUUGUCCUGAAAGGAUCUCUGAAUAGGCAUUGGAGGAAUUCUCAGCAGAUUUCAUCCUUUUGACUGCCUCACUUAAUAUGUUUGACCUUUGAUAGAUAUGCUAAAUAAGGGGUAAAAGUCACACCUUUGCAUCAUGCCAUGUAGAUGUUAACAGGCUGUUAGUGGGACUUUGUACACAUUGGAUGCUCACUAUUGUGUGCUUGCUAUAUAGUUCUUUCAAAGACUAGUGCAGCUAUGUUGGUGAACAUUUGGAGUAGUGUCUGCAAUUUUCAUUGAUGUGAUCAUUUCUUGUCUUCUUUAGCUAAUUAACAGAUCAAAUACUGCAAGUGUAUUGACUAAUCAAGGACAUAUUUGUAGCACUCUUGCAUCAUAUAUUUACCUGCAUCUCAAUUAUGUUUGGCCUCUUGGAAACUAGAUGAAUUUCAUACAUUUUUUACUGAAAGAAAUCAUAUCUUGUGUACCUUAGAUUUCCAUAAGGGAUUAGACUCUAUAAUUUAUAAUUAAAGUACAGUUGUAUUUGUAGUGUUUUUUUUAAUAUUAUGCACAUACGAUAAGAUGUGCAAAUCUACAUAAAUAUUUUUAUUUUUUUUAUUUACUGAAAUAAUGUCAGAAGUAUAUUGUAUACGUAUUGUGUUGUUUUUCACUUAAAUUAGUAAUUCAAAAACUAGCAUUGCAGGUUUAUUGUAUUGAAUAAUUAUUCAUGUAUAUGACAUUUUUAAAUUUUACUUUAUAAGAUAUUUCUCUGCAUCAAAAUGUUGUAAAUUAUUUUUCCAUCAUGGUUGAUCAUGUAAAUAAUUACAAAUAAAUGUUCUCAGUGAC